UUUUAGCACAUGCGCAAAUGAGCUAAGGUAUAACGGAAAUACUGACCCGGAAAAACAAAAUGGCAAAAAAUGGGGGAUCACAGGAGUCAACCCUCUAACAUAAACCUCAGCCUCUUGACAGGCGAAACUGCAGUGUGGUACUGUGCCAAAACCAGCAUGAACCUUCAACAGCCUGCCCCUCUCAUUCCCCCUGUCCAUCCUGAUGUACAGAUGAAACCGCUGCCCUUUUAUGAUGUGCUGGAUGUUCUUAUCAAGCCUUCAAGUCUAGGAGCAAGUACUGCACAGAGGUACCAUCAAGAAAAGUAUUUUAUUUUUGCAUUAACACCUCAGCAAGUUCGAGAGGUAUGCAUAUCCAGAGACUUCCUGCCAGGUGGCAGAAGGGACUAUAUGGUUCAAAUUCAACUAAGGUUCUGCUUGGCAGAGACAAGUUGCCCACAAGAUGAUAAUUUCCCCAACAGUCUUUGUAUAAAGGUCAAUGGCAAGCUCUUUCCUUUGCCUGGGUUUGCACCACCACCAAAAAAUGGAGUUGAACAGAAGAGAACAGGAAGACCCCUAAACAUUACCUCCCUUGUCAGACUUUCAUCUGCUGUGCCAAACCAGAUUUCAGUGACAUGGACCCAAGAAAUGGGAAAGACUUAUUCUCUCUCUGUGUACCUUGUGAGGCAACUGACAUCACCAUUGCUCCUGCAGAGACUGAGGAUGAAGGGAAUCAGAAGCCCAGACCACUCCAGGGCCCUAAUUAAGGAGAAGCUAACAGCAGAUCCAGACAGUGAGAUUGCCACAACAAGUCUUCGGGUGUCACUCAUGUGUCCGCUGGGUAAGAUGCGACUGACUGUCCCGUGCAGAGCUGUGACAUGCUCUCAUCUACAAUGCUUUGAUGCUGCCCUCUACCUGCAGAUGAAUGAAAAAAAACCUACCUGGAUCUGUCCUGUGUGUGACAAGAAGGCCGAUUAUGAGAAUCUCAUUAUUGAUGGUUUGUUCUUGGAGAUCCUUAAUGACUGCUCAGAUGUUGAUGAAAUCAAGUUUCAAGAGGAUGGGACCUGGUGUCCAAUGAGACCGAAGAAAGAUCCGGUCAAGUUCUCUGUUCAUUCAGUCGGAAAAGUAGAAUCCACAACUCCUUUACACCAGUCGUCAGUGGUAGCCCAUCCUGUGGAACCCAAUCUCAACAAGAAAACUGAUGUAAUUGAUCUGACACUUGAAACUUCCUCAUCGUCUGAUGAUGAUGAUGAUGAUGAUACAAGCACAACCCCCCCAUCUAAGAGACAGUGCAUUUACAUCUCCAAGAAUGAGGAAAUUCAUGCUAAAGGCGUGUUGACGUACCAGCCCUCUCUUCGUAUCCCGAAUGUUCCAGGCCUGGAACAGUCAUACCUUACCUCAGCAAUUGCAGAGUAUGCAGUUCCUUUCCGCCCAUCUACCCUAGGUUCCAUUCCUACUGAAUUACAAAGUCUGGAUUUGUUUUCAUUAAUCCCAACAGAUCCUCAGCAUUACAGGCCCCAAAUGUUUUUGGAAAACCUUUCAGGCGGCCUGCACAGCAUACCCAGCACUAGCUCUGGUUUGGUAUCCUCCACCUCCAGCAGCAACUUUAAUGCCAGUGGUCUUACUGCCACCUCCAUCCACAGUACACCAGUCGUCACAGGAGGUUCCACUGGGGAAGUGACUGGGGGGAGCCUGUCGGAUAUUAUUUCACUGGACUGAGCCACAUUCCUCUACACCUUUCAAUGCCUAUUUUAAAGGUUUUCUGUGGUAAAUGGUAAAUAGUUUUCAGAUUCCUAAGCAUUUUAUCUUGCCAUUGUCUAAUGCUAUUUUUACUGGAUGAGUUAAAUGGAAAGUGAGCAAAAACAUAACUAACUUUUUUUUUUUUUUUGGUCACAUGGUUUAGUUUAUUUUAAAUGUUCAAUUACUCUGUGCACGUGGAAAGUGCACAAAGAUUCCCUCUGAGUGGAGAGACCUCCUGAGAAUGAAGAAGCCCCCAUUAGAAGGAAGUAGAGUGAGUGGACCGAACCUAAGCAAGAAAAACCAGUGCAAAAUAAAUGUUUUGAAUUAUACAAAAACCCGGUAUGUGGUAAAAUGACCAUCUUGCAGCUCAUAUAUGUUAUCAGUUGCAAGAUAUUAUCUAUAUUUGUUUGAAUUUAGUUAACUAGAAAUAGUUACUUAAAGAGCUAUAUGUAAGAAUAUUUCAUUUUCAGAUGAUAUUUUUGCGACAUUUAACCAGUCCUAUUAAGACUUCAAAGAUUCUAAAUGUGAGCUGCGUUCUUAAUCCUUUCUAGAAUUUCUGCACAGCAAUGUGUGUUCUCAAAAUCUUGAUUGCUGUUGGUAAAUGACGUGGAAGAUUUGUAUGACAUAAUUUUGUUAGAAAUAUGUUUGGCUGAAUGAAUUAACAUGUGAAAAUUGGCUUUGUGUUGCUAGGUAGCACAAUAAAAAUUAAAAAGCAAGUGUUGUAUCAGAAAUCACUGUUAGACUUUCAUAGUUUCUCUUACUAUAAUUACCUGUAACUUUUUUUUAUUUAAGGUGUUUUAUUUACUUAAUCACUGUCAGUAAAAUGUUUAAGUCGGAAAGUCAGGAAGAGACAGAACUACUAGAGCUGAAACCUGAAGACUUUACAUCAGGGAAACGUUUCUUCUGCAAGAAUCUUUCUGCAGUUGUGUAACCGAAUCUUGAGACAGAUUGCAUGAAAUGACUUGAUCACUGAGCCAUGCUCCUUUAUGACAAUGUAACCAGACUUAAAAGUUCUUAAGAAUUGUCUAGUUUUCAUAAAUAAUGAUUUGUGUCUUAUUUUGUUUAUCUGCAUUUGUAAACCUUGCCUUGUCAAACAGUAUGUGAGUCUUUUAAAAUGAUUUUAAAAGGAAACCAACGUUUAUAAUAGUAAAAUUUUUUAAUUGAAAAUCUUUUAUAGGUUUAGUCACAGGACAUCUUCCAACAUGCUCAAAUCAAUAAAACCACUGAAAUUUUAAACGGUACAUGAAUACUGAAAAACUUGCAAUAGUCAUCAACACACUUGAGUUAAAACAGAUGAUGGAGCAAACAAAUAGCAUGUUUUUGCCACUGAGUUCUACAAAUCACAGUCCACUUGUCAAAAAUGCACAUUGAGGGAAUAGAAAAACCUUUUGCCAAGAGCUGCUCAAAUACAUUUGCACGCUAUCUCUUGCAUACAUAUUUGUUUGAGAAUGCAUAUGGUAUAUUAAAGUUCCAAGUUUUUUUUGCAAAUUUACAUUUUCAAUUGGAAACUUUUUUUAAAUAAGUUGGUUUAUAUGCUUUGAUUAAAAAGUUCAGAAAAAGCAGUGAGUAUAUGUUUGGAAGUUUUUGCAUGUACUUUUUUUGUAAUGCUGGGUUUGUAAAUAAUGAAAAACAAACCAAAUUGGUAUUGGUAAAGCAGAAAAUGUGCACCUGCAUGUAAAUAUGUAACAUAGUAUGACUGGAUGUUAGCCUUUUAAGGUUAAAUAAAUGUUAACAAAACUCCAAUCUCUAACAGGGAGACAGCAACCAGGGGAAAGAGCCAAAGCAGUGGCUGAUAAAUAUAUAAAAAAAAUAAUCAUUCAAACGCAACAUAGCAUAGUGCAGGUAUCCAAAUACAAUAAACAACAUGUUCUCAAGCCAUUUUUUGGAAUGAAUCUCAUGUAACGAGUUAAUGGAGCAGGUAGGAUGAACGUUAGGUUGACACUUUUUCUUUAGAUUAUGCAGUUAAACUUUACUUAUUGAACAAUGCGGUUGGAGUUGUUUUGGGGUUUUGAUUUAUUGAUUUCUAGUUUCAUUAUUAUUCUCUAUACUUUAGUGGUUUUGAUUAAAUUAGGCUUGUUUCCAUUUUACUUUAGUUCAGUUCUUCUCAUGAUUCUAGUUUAAUUAGUUUGUUCUUCCUUGUGUCUAGUGUGAGCAUUCAUACUAGACACAAUACUACACUAGACUUUCAUCAAGCGGACCGUUUGAGUCCACUUUAAUCAAACUAGUUUUUUUUAUAUAGAAAGUCUGAUUCGUUUGGGGAGGUGUGAAUCUGCAAUUGAACUCUAAUACGGAGUAAAAAAGCGAAAACUGGUCUUCCUAAAACGGUUCAGUUGAAGGUCUGGGUUCACUCAACUGAACUUCUUCAGCUGCCAGAGGAUCAGAGAGUUUCCUGCUCCAACAGCAGGAACUGUAGCACAGGACAUUAUGAUCAAUAUAUCACUCUCUGCUCUGCAGGGUUAGAUGAGGUUUUGUGUCUCGUGCCAUGGCGACAGGUCUGUGUUUAGAGUAAAGCUGACAGAGAGAGUGAGGAAAACCAAAAUAUAAAAGGUUUAAAGUUCUUUUACAUGUUUAUCUCUUUGCUGUGGCGCACUGAAACCGCUGUAAUUUUUAAACCUUUAAUAAACGAAAAAAACUGGA